AUAGUCACAUAUCUAGCGAUCCUUUUACUUUAAGCAUUCAGAUCAUUUUACAGUUUAAUAAAUAUGCUUCGCAAUCUGCCAAAUGCACUUAAAUUGUGCGGGCGCUUAGUGCCUAUUCGUUUCGCAAGUAAUAUAAAAGCCGAGGAGUUCGUAAAGGUAAAAAAUAUCCAAGGCGUGCGUGAAAUCACAUUAUGCCAUCCGCGUACACGGAAUUCCCUAUCGAUGGACAUGAUGUGCGCCCUGCACGAGGCACUCAUCGCGGAUCGGGACAAUGUGGAGCUGAGAUGCGUUGUUCUGACGGCCGAGGGCAAAGUUUGGUCUGCGGGCCACAAUUUAAAGGAGCUGCAGCCCAACGAUAUUCAAUUUCGGGACUCCGUUUUCCAAAAGUUGACCGACAUUGUGCUGGACAUAAAAACGUUGCCUGUGCCGGUGAUAGCCAAGGUUAAUGGCUAUGCGGCUGCGGCUGGCUGUCAGCUGGCGGCUUCCUGUGACAUUAUUGUGGCCUCGGACAAGAGCAUGUUCUCCACGCCCGGCGCAGGCGUUGGUGUAUUCUGCAACACGCCCGGUGUGGCCGUUGGACGCGUCAUGUCGCGCCCCAAGUCGGCAUAUAUGCUAAUGACUGGCCUGCCUCUUAGCAGCCAGGAGGCAUACGUGGCUGGUUUGGUGACCAAAGUGGUACCGGAAAACGAGCUGGAGAAAACAAUUGAGGAAAUUGUCAGUGCCAUCAGAGAAAAAAGUCGCGCAGUUAUCGCCCUCGGCAAGGAAUUCUACUAUCAACAGCUCAAUAUGCCGCUCGAGGAAGCCUACAUUAAGGCCAAGGCUAAAAUGAAUGAAAAUCUGCAAUUAGAAGACUGCAAGGAGGGCAUGAGCAGCUUCGUUGAGAAGCGUGCGCCCAAAUGGAAGCAUACCAAAUGAGAUCUGUCACGUGCCGAGAUAAACUAUCAGUUGUAUGGACCCGACCAAAUGUGCAUUUACUUAUGUAUGGACAAAUAUAGUUAAGAACUUGUUAUGCAUUUUAAACGCACUCGACUACGUUCAUAAGUCAUCCUGAUCAUCUCGUUAAUCAUCCUCACGGCUGCAAAUGAUAAUGGGUAAGUACAAGAAAGUUGUAAAUGUAGAUUUCGAUUCGAUUUCUGCUAUUAUUUUUAUAUUUCGUAAAUGGUGCAAUUAAGGGCGCAAUAAACAUCCGAUUGCUAUUUGAAUUUCCUUUACUGUCUUAUCAAAAAUCCUUUUAGAGAGAUUAGGGAAAAUGUUUAUAAUUCUAAAUGUUGUACUGUACGUUUCUUUGCUUCAUCAAAUGUCGUUACUAUUCUCUAGGUUUUUCUGGGUGCACUUCGAAGAAAAGCUUCCUUUAGUAAAAGUCCAACUAAAAGUUUAUUCUUUGGUUCGAAGUUUUUCCAAUUGCCAAUUUAUUUAUUGUUUGUUUUUAAAUUCUUAAUUCCUUCCUCAAAAUAAAACCAAUUUUCGUGCUUUCGAAAAGUAUGCUCAAUUCUUAUUUUGUGUGUAGUUUAUUCAAAACGUGUUUGUGUGUGCAAAUAUUUAAAAAUACAAAUACAAUGUUUGACGUGGAUAAUUAAUGCAAAUAAUAAAAUAAAGAAAAAUAAAAAAAAAAUAGUUAUAUGUUGGCAGUUGUUGUCUGUGUGGAGUUAAGAAUUUAUUUGUUUUCAGUUCAACCAUAUCCAAUAUUUAAAUUUUGAGGUUUUGUCUGUGAGUCUUUUUUGAUAGAUUUCUGUUUAAAUGGUUGGACGUAGAAAAUUCUUGAGGCUGGACGAAUGUGUGCCGAAAUCAUAAAAAGGAAAAAUAAUAAAACCAUAAAAUAUUUGCGUCGAUGUCGCUGCUGUUGUUGUUGCCGCCGCGUUCAUGUUUUUGUUGUUUGUGUUGUGAUGUUUAAAUAUUUAAAACUCUUCGCAUUGAACUAAAGAUAGUAGAAUAUUAAUCUUAUAGGAUGUGGAACAUAUAGAUAUAUAUGUAUACAGCUAUAUAUGCGUAGAUUACAUACAUAUCGAUACAUAGAGUUUAUAUAGUAAGCGUUUAGCAUAUACAUAUGUACUAGGAGUAUUUUCUAAAAGUAGAGCAAUAUUAUAACUGUGCAAUAAAAUAUUUUUUUCUCAGGUUUUUCUUUUAUAGUCACGAACUUUAAGUGUUACUUAAAGCUAGAAAAUAGAUCCAUUUUUGAGGCAAUGCAAAGAGAAUUAUGCCAAAAGAAUUAUUUAGUGUCAUCUGCUAAUAGUCUACGCAUAAAUAUUUGAAAUUCCGAACGUAACCCCGUGCGGUUAAAUCCCCCUCUCGCAGGUCUACCAAAAUUAGAAGCCCCAACUAAAAGGGUAUAAAAUGUUUGAAAAAUAAUGCCAAAAAAAAAUAAAAAUAAUAAUAAUGGUGUUGUGUUGGGUGUUGUUGUUGUUAGUAGUAGUAGUUGUUGUUGUUAUUGUUGUGCAAUGAUUCUCCCUCCGCACUUCUGCCGGCUUGCUGCUGUUUG